CCUGGAAACAUUUCCAGGAAUAUUCGCUUCAAAAAUCCAGUCUCCUGAAAGUCGGUCAGCCUCGUGCCUACUCCACUUCUGCCUGCAGGUCCCACGCUUUGACGACGCAGCCUUGUGGACUCGACGGAAACUUAUCUCCAGCUAUCAACAGCUAUCAACAGCUUCACAUCAUUAUUCUGUAUACCUUAGUUACAAUUCUGCCCUCACUCAGUACUUGUAAUUUUCUAGGCUCUCCCAUGACUCCUGUUCACUGCCUGAUCUGAGCCACUACAAAUACCGUAUUCACUCUUCAUAGGACAUUCAUUGACUGGCGACCUUUCCUAUCAUUGGAAUUGUCAAAGUCCUCUAUAACAAUAACAUGACGGCCAGGGCCGUGAAUAGACUUGAUGCCGAGAGGCUAGAAGCAGCUGCGGUUCUUGCAAACUAUCCAAGCCAGGACUACUACUGCUCCAACCAAUCCACCUCCACCUCGAAUCCAACACCCUUCAUUCCCAAAAGCCAAACCGAAAUGUCUACUAUCCCCGACAUACAAGGAGUCGAGCAUACCGCUAAACUCGAAUGGCGCGUAAGUUUUGUUUUUAUGCCUUGAAGAUUUGGAUUCGACUGACAUGUUCGCUAGGCACCUUCUCCUCCCCAUAUCAACGUACCUGCAGCUAGCGAUGAAUUUCCCAUCCAGAUACCGCCCGUCGUAGGCACGCAACACACCAGCAUGAGCGAGGACGAUAGGAACAUAUUAAAAGUUAUCGCACAAACUGAGACCUUCCCAUCGGCCGUGAACGAUUGGCAAUAUGAAAAGCGAAGGCGUGCACAGCCGAUCCUGGAGUUCCUCCACCUUGGUCCUUCUGCAGCAGCCCGAGACAUCGAAUAUGUACGAAACAACCAAAUCACCCUACUCCUCGCCGUCAGAAAUUCAGCAACAGCACAAGCCCGUCUUUUGAGUGGUGAAAAAGUCGCAAACCAGCUUGGUAUCCAAGCAGCUGCAGUUGACCUGCACGGCAUGCAAGAUCUCAUCUCCACGGGCUUUUCCCAAGCAAUCAAGAUCAUUAACGACCACCUGAUUGCUAUGCACAGACUCCAAGUGUCAGGCUUCCGAAAGCACCCUGGGAAAGUAUUGGUCUUUUGCGAAUCGGGGAAUGAGCGAUCUUCUGCCGUUGUGGCUGCCUACAUGAUGUUUAUGUACGGCAUGGAGUUUAUUCCUGUGAUUCAGUACAUACAAACUCAACGCUUUUGUGUGGCCUUUGAUGAUGCGGUCAAGGAGCUUUUCCUCACCUACCAAGGGCUUUUGGAUGCUCAAAGCGGGGUUAUGAUGGCUGCUAUCGCUGCUCCUCCUAGACAAGCGGCGAAACGGGGACGUGGCCGUUCUCACUCAAUAGAGGAGGAUGGGAUGGAUGUUGAUUAUCCAGAUGACGAUGAGGAGAGAUUUGAAAAUCGUGCUGGAUUUGUUCCAUUCCGUGAUCGCACAUCCUGGGCUCCAAACUGAACUCCAGGUUUAGGGUCAAGUGAGAAUGGGGCAUGAUGGAUACGAAUUUGUGUUUAUAGCGUGGGUAAUGGAUAGGUGAUUGUGUAUGAUAAUGGAUGGUAUGGAUGCAUUAUAUGGGAGGCGCAUCUGGAAUUUGGGGUUCUGGAGUCUGGAGCCAGCUGACCCAGUCAACAUUACUCGGGCUGGCAUUGAACUAUGAUAUGCACAUGGAAGGAACACUGGACUGAAAUAGGUUUCUUCCUAUCUUAGGAGCGGAAGGAUGGCGUUUAUUAAUUGAAUACGAAUACCCGUGGUUUUUGGGCCUGCUGGCGUUUGUGGAGGACCCUGGGGAGGCAAUAUCAUGGCAGAUCUGAGGGUACUGGACACUUGACUCGACUGGGUCUGGGUUGAAGGGAAGUGAAAUGGGUUGGACUGGGCUUCUACUGGGUAGAGGUAGUGUGGUAUAGCGCUGUCUUUUUAUAGAAAUCGACAUGGAAUCAGACUCAGAUGUUGUCUAUUGGUAGUCUUCCCAGGUAGACAGGUUUGAAUUUUGAC